UGGGAGGGUUGAUUGAUCAUUAAUAGCACACAAAGGAACCCAUAGGCUUGAAAGAUUUGUCCUCAGGGGAGGAGGAGGGGUACUGAGAUAAGUGUUUUGCAAGAAGACUGAACAACCCCUCUAUUCUCAUCCCCCCUCCUCCUUCUUUCCUUGGAGAUUCCGCCCAACACCCAGCUGCAAGGGAUACACAGCUCAGGGGACUAUUACUAGGAAUUGGCCCAGGACUGUGAGAAGGAGGGUGCUACGCAGAGAAAGGGUGAACUGAAGGUGAGCUAAAGUUUUUUGAAACAGACAGAAAGAGGCUUGAUUAGAAUGUAAAAGGACAGAAAGAGAGAAGGAUAAGAAAGUGUUGUUAGAAAGAAGGAUAUUUGGAACUGCAACUAAAAGAUAGGUGUCUAAAAGAUGGAAGUUCGUGCUGUGGAAGAUGUAUCCCUCACCUGUGUUCUUAAUGGUCAGAAUAUGACUAAGAAGAAGCAACUGUGAAUUUCAAUAAAGGACCCUCAAAUUGGAACUCACUGGGAAAUUUGUAAAGCAAAGUUUCACUAAAAAUAGCCCCACUACAACAAGGAUAAUGCUGGACAGAGGAGCAGUGCUGGUCUGGGAAUGGCAGGACAAGGAUUCUCUCUGGAAGCCCUACAGCCCACAGGUGGCUCAUUACAUUGAACAAGUGAUUAGGAACAACCCAAAGGCGUCUUCAGUGAGUCUAGGGGAAGCAGAUGCCAGCCUGACCCCUUACAUCCUGGAUCUCAUCUCAAUGAACCAGUUCCGCCUAGAUACUGGAACUCUCCAUCCAGCAAGAAGAAAGAGUUUCCCGCCUUCCACUGCACCUGGGCAGGGAAUAGUGUGGGAAUGGGAGAAGUUUCCAGGACAAUGGGUCCCUUUUGAAACCCAGUUAUCAAUCCUGAUCCAAGAAGCUUUUGAGAGACAUCAGCCAGGUGUUCGGCUUGGACAGCCCUGCAAUGGGUCCCAUAUAUGCUUCCAAACCAUGACUCAAGUAAAAUUUCCUUCACAGAAGAGAAUAAGAGUCCGUGCUCGUGCUCAGAUUCCCUACCCUACAGCUGGAAUCAAAUGUCCUUCAGCCUCAGCUAAUUUUCACCCUGUGGUACCCCAACUUCUGAAUGGAAAUUCAAAAUAUGGGUCAUAUUCUAUUCACAAAAUCCAUAUGAAUCCUAGUCAGGAGCUGCUAGAUUUCAACAAAUUCCCAAUGACCUCUAACCAGGGUCUAGUGAACUCUGACAGAGCUAUACCUACAUCCAACAAAGAACGAAUGAACAACGACCAUGCACUUGUUAACACAAGUAAUGUAUUAAUUAACAGAAACCAAGUAAACAUGAACUUACGGCAACAGACAGGAAUCCCCAGACAUGACCCUAUAAACUACCACUAUGCUUUGACUGAUUUUGGACACACAAUAGGUAAUUCGAAUCAUGAAAAUAUGAACUCCAACCAAAUAUUAAUGAACUUCAAUUCUAGGGUGGUAAAUUUUAGAACUGGACCAAUACAAUCCAACAAUGGACUUGUAAAUUCUCAUGAUCUAUUAGUAAACUGUAACCAAGAUGUACAAAAUAACAGCAAUGAAUUAAUUAAUUUUGAAGCUAGCGUAAUAAACCCAAAUGAUGGACCUUUUUUUUGCACAACCACUCCACCUCCUUCCAGUCAUUGGUCCGAGAAAACAAAUGCAUUGCUGCUAGAGUCUAAUGAAACCAUCCAACCACAAUGGAUAUUCAAUUCUGACUGUAGAUAUGAUAAUUGUAGCCCGGCAUUAGUGAGAUCUGAUUCUCAAAGAGCAGCUUCUAGACCGGCACUAGUACAAUCAGAUCUAAAGACUAAAGAACUAAGAACAGAUCAAAUAAGGCCAGAGUUGGUGCCUUCAAAUUCUAAAGCUGUGUUAAAUAGGUCAAAUUCUAGGCAUGAAGAAUAUAGGGCUGAAUUGUGCAAACCAAUUUCUGAGCCAGAAGAAAGUAAACCAGAAUUUGUCCGAUCAUAUUAUAGAACUUGUGAUAAACCUGAAUUCUCUAGGUCUACAUCACGACCCUCUGACUCUAGACCUGUAUUGGCCAGGUCUAACUCUAAACCUGUAUAUGAAAGAUCUGACUCAAGACAAGCAGAAUUCAGACCUGUACUAUCUAGAGCAGAAUCCUGGAACGAUGAUACUCAAUCUGCUAUAGAGAAUUUGGACUGUAGAAAUGUAGACUCAAGACCUGAAUUUGUGAGAUCCAAUUCUAGACCUUCAGAUGCUAGGCCUGAGUUUGUUAGGUCUCAGUCAAGAUGUGCUGACUCAAAGCCUGGUCUAGCAAACACCCAUCCUGUCAUCAGCCAUUCAAAAUCUACUUUAGCUGGUAGAGGUUUAUAUCGAUCAACUUCACUGAGAAGAAGUAUGAGUCCCCCACCCUGUACUUGUCCACAGUGUCACCUGGUACAAAGUGUAAAGUCAGCCAGUUGGCCUGGAGGUCAGGUUGAAACUAGUGCAUCAUGGAAUGGUGGUCGUCAAAGUCCAAAAGCCAACAGCAUUACAAGGGUCCCACCACCACUGCCCCUUUGUAAUAUAGAAGGCUCAGGAAUGGUACCACCAGCUCUGGCAGGCAUUAGUGGUCUUCUGAUGAGUGCUGCAGGACUUCCGGUCUGUCUCUCAGUUCCUGCUUAUCCUAUUUUCCAUCCUCCCCCUGUUAAGAAAAGAGAUCUACGUCCAGUUCCUGGAAUUCAAGGGACCAGUCGAAAAAUAACUAUUAAAAAAGCAAAAAAGCCUGAAGAAAUGAUAAAGCAGUUCUUGCAAAGAGUGAGGAACUCUCCAUCAGAGGAUUGUACUCGCUGUAAAAGAACUCUGACAGAAGGAGAAGUUGGCAGAUUAUACCGCUGUGGUCAUGCCUAUCAUGUCCGUUGCCUUGCACCUCUGUACAAGAAUGGUACCUUACGCUGCCCGACUUGUCAAACAUUAUAUGGUGUGAAGAUCGGGUCUCAGCCUCCAGGGAAGAUGACUUUUCAUGUUAUUCCUCAUUCCUUGCCCGGGUAUCCUGACUGUGAAACUAUACGCAUUAUUUAUUAUAUUGCUCCUGGAGUUCAGGGUCCAGGCCAACCUCAUCCAGGAAUGAAAUUUACAGCUCCUGACUUCCCACUUCACUGUUUCCUCCCAAACACGAAAAAGGGGAGAAAGGUCCUUCUCCUCUUGAUAAAAUCCUGGGAAAGUCGCCUUCUCUUUCCUGUCCUUCCUUCACGUGUUCCUGGUGUUCUGGACACUGUGUCCAUUACCCGAAUUCCACUCAAGACAGAGUUUGGAUCCAAUGUAACUGGAAAAGGAUUUCCAGACUCCCGUUAUCUGGACAGUGUCUUGCGUCAGCUUCAGGAUUGGGGGGUGUCAGUGGACUAAUCUGGUACUUUAAAUGCCAGUGACAUACCAGCAGUUCGUUUAAAGUCAUUGCAGUGGUUACAUUAACCAGUCAUUCCUGAAAUGUACAGUUGUCUGCUUUUAGUGCAGAACAGAGUAUUUACAUUUGUAUAUAUAUAUUUCUAUGUUUUUUACAAGUCACAAGAGUGUAGAUUUUUUGCAGGUUAUUUUGAUCGUUGCCUUCAUAUGCUCUUUAAUUGAGUCAAUUUAAAGUGACAGCUGUUAGCUGUUGCCUACAAAUAAAAGUUAUCAAAUAUCUUCAGCAUAGGGGAUAAUUAUCUGAUCAUGGAGGGUUCGACUGCAGGGAACCCCAGUGAUCUUCAGAAGAUGGGAACUGGGAGUCUCCCCUGAGAACAGAACAUUGGUCAAGCAUGCACACCACCAUUCCCCUCAUUCUCUGUUGAAACUGCUGAAGAUGGGUGAGUUUUUGGCUAUUUUCAUCAACUCCCAUAGAGAAUGAAUAGUAGUCUCAGGGAAGACGUGCUUCCCCAUUCCCAGUGUUCCCUGUUCUAGAGAUUACUAAGGGAUCCUAGCAAUCAGACCGGACACAAAAACAUAGUUAUUUCUUAUCCUGAGGAUUUGUGAUAACUACUAUUCGUGGGUGAGUUCUGUCUUCUUAGAAGCCAGGUAGGUGUAAUACAUUAUACAUGACACAUAUUUCUUUAGAAGUACUACAAUUAGUUUUAAUCUUCACAAAAAGCUAAUAAUUCUGCAGACUUCAUUUGAUAGAUAAUAGUUGCUAUGGAUACACUGCCUAAUUGCUUACACAAGCAGCAUUACUCCAGCAAUCCAGAGUCUGUUAGAUUUAUGGUGGUAAUGAAACUAUACUUUAUUAUCUCAUAGUAAUAAUCAUUGCCUAGGUUGCCUAGGUUAGAUGAUACAAAGGUCUCUUAAAGAUGAGCUGAUCACUGGGAAAUCUGUCAUCAGUGUCACCCGCACUAACCUGUUGGUACAGGCUGGUAGUGCGGAUGACACUGAUGAUAACGAUUCCUACCUAUCCCUGAUCCAUGGUCCUGUUAUCUUCCUUGUUCAAGGCUUGGCGCACAGAUGAUGCUCCAGGAGCACACUGACGUCACUGCUGCUUCUUCACUUAACUGGCUCCAUGCAGACUUGGGGUAGCAGCAAUGACGUCAGUUUUCUCCUGGAGCUUCGCCCGUGCACCAAGUUCACCGCCCGAAUUGAGGAAGAUAAAGGGCGAGCGGGACCAUGGAUCGAGAAUAGGUAAGUAUUGUUAUUAUCAGGGUCAUCGGCACUACCAGUCUGUACCAACAGGUUCGUAAAGGUGACACUGAUUACAGACUCCCUUUUAAUUUGAUAACUAAAACUGUAAAACCUGCAAAGAAUCGAUGCCUGUUUGUUCUCUACUAGUUCUCUUUCCAUCUCUAGGAGAUGCAUAUCAAUGUACUUUUCUUGGUUUGUUUGUUUAGAAAAAAAAAAACAAUUAUAACCUACUAGAAUAAUUGUGGAACUGUAUUAUAUGUGGCUAGAUUAACUUAAAGGAGUAGAUUUUUCUUUCUGAUUAAAGUCUAGCCUGAUGUAACUGAGCAGUGUGUAGAAUACAAUCUCAUCAUUUUCCAUACAUACUUUAAAGUGUAAACCCAUUUCCCCAUUUCAAACACUUAGAUUUAUAAUAUUUUGGGUUAUUUUAUGUUGUUUUUUUUUUGCCAUUUGUAAACAAGACUACUUUCAAAUUUUUGCCUGUUGCCAGUGAAAAAAAAGACAGUAGUUUAAAGGGGUAUUCCAGGAUUUUUUUUAAUUUGACUAUGCUACAGGGGCUGUAAAGUUAGUGUAGUUCAUAAUAUAGUGUCUGUACAUGUGUGUGACUGUUUUCUCACAAUUCUUAUGUGAUUUUCACCCCAUUAUUUAUUUUUAACCGCAUACAAAAUUACUGUUGUCUCAAAUUUUUCCCAGCUUGCAAUGCGGCUGAGACCUGACUCCCUAGUCAGCUGAUGACAGGGAUCCGGAGCUUCAAUGGUUGGAGUGAUUGCUUGGUGGGAGAGGGAUCAAUCUGCAACUAAUACAACAGCUGUAGGCACCCUGAUUGAAAACCACAGGUCUUUUGAAUGGAUGCAGCUCAAUUAUGUUUCAAUGGGUGGGGUGGCUGAUGUAUGGGAGGGAGGAAAAUGGAAUUGUGGGAUUUGUAGUCAAAAAAAGAAAAGUCAAACAGGAAAUACAAGUUCACAAAAGCUAGCCACAGUAUUAUGGUAAUCUCACAACAUAGCCAUUUAGCCCCAAGACAAGCGCAGAUCCUUCCUAAGCAUGUCCAUUACUAUCUGCCAGGUACGUACUAAAAUCACCUUAUGGUGGAUAACCUCUUUAACUAGCAUUGUAGUUCCUUUCUAUAAACCCCUUUAUGCAUAACACAUUAAUAGUUCCAUCCCACAAGAAUGAGAAAAUACCAAACUCCCUUUAGUCUUUUAAUCCACACUAUUAGACAUCCACACAUCAAUAGUUUUUAUCCAUGAAUAUCAUUUCAGAUAGAUGUUCCAUUUGGUAACAACAGUAUAUUAUUACACUUUUUCCUAGUAACACAGUACUGUUGGGCACCAUGAUACAUAGAAAUUUCAAGAUAUAUUUCUGGGCAAAACCUCAUUGUUGACUUAUUGAAUUUGCUGUGAUUUGUAUACAUUCUCUUCAAAAGUAGAGGAGAAAUUUUCAUGUAAAUCCUUUGGUUCAAAGGUUGUCUCAAAAAUACAUUGUGGAUAAAUUGCAGAGGUUACCAGCGAUGUAUUUGUAAAAUUUUAUUUUUGUUAUGUCUAUGUACAAUUUUAUAACAUUUUUGUUUUUUGCAUGUCACUAAAAAAAAUUUUUACGUUGUUUUACAUUGCUUUUGAAGUUGAAAUCUGAAAUAAAUACAGAUUAGCUUUAUGUUGUUCAAAAAUAUAAAUAUCAAUUUGUGUAGUGUAAUUGAUCAAUGACUGUAAUGUAGGAAAAUAAUUUCUAUUAUUUGAGUAAUUGAUCAUUGUAUGUAGCACUGGUUACAGAUGCAUUUUGGAAGAGACAUUACACUGUGCCUCUAGACAGGUACUUACAGUUACUGUAUAUCUAUAAUUAAAGAAAGCAUAAAAUAUUAAAUGUGUGAUUUC